GUACUCUCUUAGUGAGUUACGGACUACAGGCGCGGUUCGAGCGUGUUGACGGCUCCCGCGACACAGAAAGUGUCUCGCUUCGCUUCGCCGUUUUCUUGCCUCCACUUUGUAAUCGCGUACCAGUCAGCACCGAUCGGACACUCACCUCGAUUCGCGAACAGUCGUCGUCGAUCUUUUCUCAGCGGUGACGGGGACUCGAGAAGGAGAAUCGAGCCAGUGUUUGAUAAUCGUUAUUGACAAGAUAGAAGAAUAAAAUGUAUACCCAAGAAACGGUAAAAGGACAGUGUGUGUGAUUGGCGACGCGGUGGAGAAACGAGACCUUGGACUGAAGUGCGCGUGUGCGAUAAGUAUUUUGCGGCUAUUUUAUCGCUCGUGUUUUGUAUUAUCUUCUUUGAAAACGUAUCAUUGUCGUGCGUUCACAAGACCGCUUGUUAUCGUGAGACAGACUAAUAUAAGACUGCGAGAAAUAUAUCCGAUACCAUAAUAAGCGGAUAUAAAGAAGAGAGGUGUGGAAAAAGAAAGAAGAGACGAGAAAGCGGGUGAGAAAAGUGGCAAAGAGGGGAGGAUUGUGCAUUUCCGGAGGCGGAGACUUCCUGCAACGUUUUCCCCUCUCCCAUCACCUGUGUGUACGUGCAGUAUCGUGCGGCGACGUGCGUGUAUCAUUUACGCACGUGAGGUACGUUCUGUCGGCGGAGUGCGCGCAUCGCAGUAUCAAUCCCGCGCUCUCGCGCGCGAUCGUUGACAAGCGCGCACACGUGCGACGGACUUGAAGUUACGUCGGGCGUACUUUAUCCGCGGCUUUUGUGAAAACCGGCGAAACGCGCGGACGGUUCCGCGCGUAUAUGCGAUACCGUAUACGGAUUUCGCGAUCUCGAGUGUGCUGUGAGAGCCGCGUCAGAUGGAUCUCGCGUGAUCGCUAGGUACAGUGUUCGCGUGUGUCAAGAACCAGUGGACCCUCGCACCACCACCACCGCCAAUUAUUUACCCACGAGGAGCGUUCGUUACACGGAAACAGCAUUGGGAGGAAAACAGAGAGAAAGAGAGAAAGAGAGACAUAAAGAAUACAGAUAUAUAAAGAUUGGAUAGCAAUAUGAAAAGUUUUAUGAAUUACAACUCUCGAGAAAUGGACAACUAUCGUUAUUUCAUCUAGAGAUUUAUCUUAAUUUUCUCAAGAUCGACAAGAGAUCUUAUCAUUUUCUUCUGUUUAAGAAAGAAACAGAAGAUUAGCUUUUUUCAUUAAGUAGAAUUCUAUGAGCGCCAUGAAUAUUGACGAUAUGAGUGGAUCUGAAAAGUCAGCUUGCAUGAAAUGCUCGCAUGAACCAUCGAGUAAGAAAUUGAAAAAAUCCAACAGGCAAUAUCCAACUUGCUCGUUGUGCAGAAAUCAUAAUCUACUUAAGGAGGUUGGGGAUCACAAGAGGCUCUGCCUAGGUCAGUUUUGCAUAUGUGCAAAUUGCUGUGAAAGACGAAAAAGGCAAGACGAAACUGCACUUCAAACAAAAGAGACCAGAGCAUUGAAGCAUGAUAAGGAAUUGAUGAAAGGAGAAAAAUUAUUACCUGAAGAGGUCCUAAUAGAUCCUUCAAAAUCGGUAAAGCCUUUUCUUAUACCUAAGGAAUUUCAACAUCUAAUACCUCGCCAGAUAUUAAAUAGAUGUUCAAUUAUAUCUGAUAAAGAGGUCUUAGUAGAUUCACCAAAACCGGCCUUUUCUGUAUCUGAAACAAAUAAACACUCGACAAACACUCGUCAGAUUUUAAAUAAAUGUUUUAGUACAUUUAGUGAAGAGGUAUCUAAGAAACAAAAGAAGCGAAAAAGAAAGGAGGAAAUAAUGGAAGUAAAAAGGAUAAAGGGUGAUCAUCUUGACAAGAUAUGUCAAGAUCAAGACGAUCCGAGCUUCUAUUCUAAAUAUUCAUCAGAAAAGAAGCCAGAAACAAGUACGAGUAACGAGGACAUAAUCGAACCAAAAAAAAUACGUAUGGAAAUAAUAUUCGUAGACAAAUAUAAAGAGAAUAUUCGAUACAAAGCAAAGGCAAAUGAGGAAGAAAUAAUCGAGCCAGAAAAAGCGGAGGCAAAUUACAACAAUCUCAAGGAUUUGCUCUACUAUACGCUGCACAAUUGCUGCCUGGUAUAUGACUACGUACGCGCGAACCUUAUAUCGACCUUAGUGAAGAAAAUCGUUGACACCAUCAUCGAAUGUAAUCGCAGCUCAAACUCAAACGAAGAAAAUAGCUACUACGAAGCUCAGAAGCGCCUAUUUCCACUCAUUUACGAAAUUCGAAGGUUGAUGGUCUAUGACGAGUCUAUAUACCGUCAUCUUUCGUCAUCGAGCACUGUAAAACUUCCGACGCACUAUAUGACGCACUCGUGUGAAAUAGAAACGCCAUUGACUUCAUAUUCCUUGCCGUGGUUCUUUAAUCACGCAGCCUCGGUGAACACGCCUCCGUGUACUAACAUCUCGCCUGAACCUUCUACAUAUUACCGACCGAUUACCGAUGGUCAAUGAAGCAAAUCGAGGAGAAAAACAUGUCACAUCCAAAGAAAAUUGCGUCGCCUCCGAAGUGAUAAGACGGCUAGUAAGACGAGCGCUGGACUUGUAACAAAUUUAAUUAUUUCUAGAUCGAUUCGGACAUCUCGAGGCGUCGACAUCGCUGUGUAUUUUCGAUGGACCGAGCAACUUAUAACCGAAAUCGAAUACUUUUUGUGUAGGAGAAAGCCGCCGUAUCAGUUUCGAGGGACAUUCUCAGACACGUUUUCCGUCCUUUAUUAGUCUUGAUCGUCUCGAUUGUGUCGUGCCGCAAUCGCAAUUGUUUAAUAGGAAGUUUCUCCGGUGGGCGAAAAAUUUCCGGUUAUCUUUUUACAAGUGAUUUCUUUGCAAGUUUGAUUAAGCAAGAUUUUGGAGAACGAGAGAUCGCGAUAUAUUGCGCUUUUAACUUUCUUUAUCACUCGUUCUCCUUUGACAUUUGCAUGUGUUUUCUUUGCGCGUCUGCUCAUAUUAAAUUUGCAGCAAGAAUACAAUGGGAGAAAUAAGACAGCAAGCUCACCGUUCCAUCUGAACGAUUAUAAACCUGUCAAAGCAAAUCGCGCUAAAGAAUCUAUCUGAUUGCGAGCAACAUAAUUUUAUUCGCAGAUUUCUGUCAAUGCAAUGCGUGCGAAAAACCGGACAUCAAUGACGACCGCGAUAGUGCGGCAGCACUGGUCGAAUUAAUCGACGAAUUGUGGUGAUUUUGACGCUUUUUGCUUUAUUGAUGUAUCACAUAUAUAUAUCGACUAAUUGUUAGCGCAAAUAUUGUUUUCUCAAUUCACGUAUUGUUAAAUGUUACUGGAUGGUGACGAAACGUGCAGCUAUGUGCGUGAGUGACGGUAAGAUAUUUGCAGUUUGUUUAAUUAUUUAGGAUUUAAGAGUCUGCGGAUAAUGGAUUUUUUUGUAAUAUUUUUCUAGCAGAGUAUUUCUUUCUGAGAUAUGUCUCAUAUUCGAUGCUCAACAACAAAUUUUUUAAAUUUAGUAGUAUCGCGAAACGAAGCAGUUAUAUGAUUAAUGCGACAAGCAUUAAUCAUAAGAUGUCGCGCGUUAUAUAUAUUAAAAUUAUUUUUUCGUACUGUAUUCAGUGAUUUAGCGGCCACUUAUGUUCCCUCAAUAAUUAAAACUUGCCGUUUAUAUGCAAGUGCAUCUCUGCGCGCGUACGAUAAUCGAUGUGUCGUGCGAUGAAGUGUAAUAAAAUAGCCGCUCAAAAACUGGUCAUUCCAGCUCACGGUACAUUAAUAUACAAAUAAGAACAUCGAAAAACUCUUUUCGAUAUGUAAUCUCAUUAUCUCUUGCUUGUUUUUUUUUUCUUUUUUUUCAAUGUCUCCCUCUUCUUCCUUCUCCUCUCUCUCUCUCUCUCUCUCUCUCUCUCUCUCUCUCUCUCUCUCACGCACUUUCUAUCUAUCUAUCUAUCUAUCUAUCUAUCUAUUUAUCUCUGCCUCUGUCUCUCCGGUUCUUUUGCUUCGUAUUUGACAUACGUUCCGAAUAACAAUUUGGUUUGAGAUUGGAUAUUAUAGAUUUUGAUGACUUGUUUCCGUAUAAACGAAUUUAUGUUUCAUACGCGCCGCGCUACAUCGAAUUUAUCGUCUUGCUUAAUUUGUAACAGAAAUUAAUUUACGUAUUAAUCUCGUGCACUUUUGUAACUACGAGAUCCUACUCGAAAAUUUAUCUUGUUCACUUCGACACCAGAUCACAUAUGUGGAAACGCGAUUAAAGUGCAACUUUUUUAUCAUUUUAAAGGGAAUAUUAAGGGAACGAAUCGAAGUAAAUGAUUCUCAUGCAACAAAUGCUCAUUUGUUGCAUGAGAAAAACUUCGACAUUGCCGAAUAAACUUUAAUUAAUUUUUUGUUUUCACCUCCCUUUAUGUUAAUGCUCUUUUAUGCUCAUUCACUAAUAUUCUUAAUCUUUAAUUUUCUCUUCUUAAUAUUCUUAAAUCAUUCUUAAUUGUUCCUAUUUGUUCGGUCUGGAUCCAUUGGACACAUUAUAUUCGUCGUAGAAUGCCUCGAAAUGGGGAAGCAUUAACAGCAGUCGCAGAAGACGACGUACAAACUCGCGUGCAUUUACGCUCGCGUGCGUGUACAAUAUGUUUGUCUGUGGCGAGCAUAUUGACUCAUGUAUUUGUAUGCAUAUGUUCGCUCGUCUCUCGGGUAACAAUAAGUAUGUACGAAUAGAUUUGCGCGCGCGUUUUACAAAGCAUCACGCCCAAUAUGUGAAGUUAUCUGGCUAAAAGACAUAUAACAUUCAUCUCCUCUGUCAAAAAAAGAAUAUUGCAGAGAAAAAUUGAAUAAUUUUGAAACCGAAUGAUUAUUCAUAAUUUUCCGAUAAUCUUAAUUGAUAUACAGAGAAAGAGAGAGGGAAACUAAAAUAAAAAGAAUAAGUUUUUGUUUGUUUUUACGAAGAGAGUUUCAAAUAAUUACAAUUAAAUCGUCAAACUGUUAAUUAAAAUAAUUAUAUUAAUGAUAUGGUUUUAUUUUGAAACUCGGUGAUUUUUUUUUUUUUCUCGUUCGUGGAGCAUUCGAGAAAUUCUAUUGAAGGAAAGAUUUUUAUUUAUAUUUAACUGAUAAUUUAAUUAAUCAGAAGUUAAUAUUUUUAUUUGAUAAAAUGUACUUUGCCAUGAUGUAUCGCACGCCUUGUACUUUGUUUAUUAAUGUUCGUAUGUUUCGCAGGAGGAAAUUCCUACACAUUUGUCGACCGUUUAAUAUACUUUUGAUAAGGUACACAAUUUUAGAUAUUCGACAAUUUCACGAAUGUUAGGUGCUACGCGAAUUGCUCAUAGCAGAUUCGCUCUCAAUCUUGCAAACUUUACGUAUUGACGCCAUAUUUUUUUAAAUAAAAUUAGUCUUAAUUAUAAUGUAAUCGAUAUCCUAUAGAUGUAUUUGUUAAAAAUAUGCAUCUUUUUGCAUAGAUAAGAAUAUAUUUGCACCAUGUGGAUAUAUACACGCAUAUUUAAGCGAAUAAUAAAGUAUAAUAUUAAGAUUAUUGGUGUCAGCGAUAGCGAUUAAUUCAGUCUUUAUAUAUGCAUGUACACAUACACACCUGCGCGCUCGCACGCGCCUACACACACGCACAUACAUACAUUUAUCGUACGUGAUAUCUAUUUUUUGCAUAAGUAUAUAUAUAUGGAGAGACUAGUUCGCGAUUAAUUUUCUGUGAAGCCAGCUCUCUAAAAAAAAAAAGUAAUUGUUGAUUGUUGUUUUUCCUUUUCUUUUUUUAGGACUCACUUAUUUCGUACAGCUGAAACGAUCGAUGGAGAAUAAUAUUUAAUACUUAACGUAUAUAUACUAAUAGAAAUAUCUAGUGUAUAAAGAGGAUCGUUCUACUUUAUCUUGUUACAAUGUGCCUUUUUGCAAAAAGAAGAAAAAAUCUUGAUUGCGAAAUACAAAUAUUACUCAUUGACCGAUCUAGAAGAUUCUUUUUUAAUGUUGGUCUAUAGUUAAUAAGUUUUUGUGAGUUUAUUUGGAAAACAUACCGUGACAGAGAGAGAGAGAGAGAGAGAGAGAGAGAUACCUUUCUCUAAUAACUGUUCCUCUAAUAACAGUAAAUACUAUAUAUGUUAAAAUACUUUGAAUAAUUUAUCUAAAAAUAAUUGUCUAUUCGCCAAUUGCGUAUAUGUGAUUGCAAAGUUAUUCUUAUACGAAUAAUGUUAUUUGAAGUUCUAUUUAAAAACAAAACUAAACAAAAUACACAUUAAUACUAAUAUGUCAGUAUACAAUUUUGAUUUGCAUAGAAUCGCAAGAUUGCAAUCGAUUUUGUUUUUUAUUUUCGUGAAUGAUAUUAAAUAAUGAAUAUCAAACAUAUUGCUAGGAUAUAAAAAGCAUGAAAUUUUAAUGAUACAUUGUGUUUUUGUUUUGUUUGGUAUAAUCAGAUUGUAAUAAGGUUCGGAAUUAAAGGAAGGAGACUUUAGCAUAUAUUUAAUGCGACUUACUUAUUCGUUUUAAUAAAUUUGACUGUUGUAAUUAUUUAUUCAACGAUUCUCGUGUGGGAAAAAUAUUGUGUGUCAGAAAGGAAUGCAGUAGUAGUGAUAAUGAUUGUAAGAUGAGAAAGAAAGAUGAUUAUGAUAAUGUGAUGCGAACAAAAGAACAGCUUAAGGUAAAAAGGCGAAAAAUGGUGCAUACGAAUAUUAUUGUCUAUAAAUUCAGUGUAUUUGAUGUAUUUUUAAGUGUGUUUCGCAAUGCAUAUAUAAAUAAAGUAAU